CGCUGCUCCAUUCUCCGUUUCGAGGUGGGCACCGACCGCUAUUUACCUGGUGAAGGGAGGCCGCCCGGUGUUGGGUGGGGGCGUCUGGUGUGUUGGCGCUGUUGCAUGUGUGCGGGUUGAGUUAUAUUUAUGUUCCUGAUGUCAAUAUGUGACUGCAAUAAAUGAUGUACUGAGGCUGCAUGAGACUUCUCAGGGGAUCAGAAAUGGAGUCUAAGACUGACAGUCCGCCUGUCUGGGGCACAUCAUCUGAACAGGAUCAGACUCCGACUCAGGUACAUUUUGUUCCAGAAAACAGUGCUGUUGCUCAGAUUGUUUACACAGAUGAACAGGAUCGACCACCUCAACAAGUGGUUUAUGCAGCAGAUGGAACAUCCUACACUUCAGUGGAUGGGGCAGAACAUACCCUGGUGUAUAUUCAUCAGGCUGAUGGGACACAGGCUGUUUUCACCGAUCAGUCCCAAGUAGCAUAUAUCCAACAGGACACAACCACUCAGCAGGUAACAGUUCUUUUGCCCACCAGCCAGAAUGUAUCUGGUGCCAAUCUGGCAGUUCUUGGCAGUGUGACUGAGACCCAGCAGCCAAUACCGGUGGAAAACAAUUCUCAGUCACAUUUGUCCACACUAAAUCAUGGUAUUCCUCAGGUAACUGAGGUCAGUAACUCUGUGCAGCAAACACCAGACACAUUGGACACAGCUGAACAUGACCUGGACACAGAGGAGGAUGAAGAUGAAGACGAGGAAGAGGAGGAUGCGGACUCAUCUGAUAUGGAGGAUUGGGAGCCGGGUCCUCUUCGGCCCUUUAAUCCAUGUGAUUUAUGGUGUGAGGAUUGUAACACUGCACACCCCGGUGCAUGCCCCAAGCAUGGUACUCUGCACUGUAUUCCCAAUCGGCCUGUCCUGAGCAGGGCCAGGGCCAGCCUGCCGCUUAUUCUGUACAUCAAUCGGUUUGCUGGUGGAAUUUUCUCUAAGAGGCGCAUUCCAAAACGUACACAGUUCGGUCCUGUCGAAGGGCCAUUAGUUAAACGGUCGGAGCUCUCUGAUGAUUAUAUUCAUUUAAAGGUUGCUAUGGGGGUAGGAAGGGAUGAAUCGAAAGAUGGAGAGAAAUCUGGGGAUUUGUGGUUUGAUCUGUCUGAUGAGAACAUGUGCAACUGGAUGAUGUUUGUACGUCGAGCUCAGAACCACUUGGAACAGAACCUGGUGGUUUACCAAUAUGGCAAGAACCUCUACUUUACCACCAUCAAACAUAUUGAGCCAAAACAAGAACUCAAGGUGUGGUAUGCAGCAUCCUAUGCAGAUUUUGUGGAGCAGAAGAUCCAUGAUAUAUCAGAAGAGGAACGGAAAGUUCUACGAGACCAGGAAAAAAACUGGCCAUGCUAUGAGUGUAAUCGUCGUUUUACCAGCUCAGAGCAGCUUCAGCAACAUCUCAACAUGCAUGAUGAAAAGCUGGACUUCUUCAGCAGGUCAAAGAGCAGAAGUCGUGGCCGAGGCAGAAGGCGCUUCGGCUCAGGGAGGCGACCUGGGCGCCCACCAAAGUUUCACAGACAAGAUUCAACGGUAGAUCAGAGUGAGGCAUUACAGCUCGCUGUGAAGCGGCGCCUUGAAGACACAGAUGAACCUGUGGCUAAUGGAAUGGAUCAAGAGGAAGACUCGUCAAAUAGCUUAGAGCAGCCAGAAAAUGAUUCAAGUAUUGCUAAUAACAAAACAACCACUGGCCCUGGGGAGGAAGUGCGGCGCAACAAACGCAUACGGAAUGCUGCUCUCCACCAUCUCUUUAUACGUAAAACUUUUCGACCAUUUAAAUGCCUUCACUGUGGGAAAGCAUUUCGGGAGAAAGAGAAGUUGGAUCAGCACCUGCAUUUCCAUGGGCGGGAGGGCAACUACCCACUGACCUGUGAUAUCUGUAACAAAGGCUUCAUAAACAGUUCAGCACGUGAUUCACACAUGAAGUUCCACUCUGAUCAGAAAAGCUACUCCUGUAUUUUCUGUACAGAAUCUUUUGAUAGGCUGGAUCUCCUCAAAGAACACGUUGCAGUUCAUGUUACUAACGGCUGUUUCACCUGUCCCUCCUGUAAAAAACAAUUUCCAGACUUUAUCCAGAUAAAGAAGCACAUUCGAAGCUUCCACUCUGAGAAGAUUUACCAGUGUACAGAAUGUGACAAAGCCUUCUGCCGGCCGGACAAGCUUCGACUACAUAUGCUGCGGCACUCUGAUCGGAAGGACUUUCUCUGCUCCACCUGUGGCAAGCAGUUCAAAGUAAGUGGUUGUCCUGUACUGCCAUCAACAGCUGCCAUUGCUAAUUGUACAAAUGAUGGCGUUUCUCUAAGCCCGAAAGGGGUUGCAAGCCCCGUUUCGGUGGCUGAAGUUGCAGCCCAGACUCCCAUCUCGCCAGUUUCACUGGCAGCCGCGUGA